UCUUCAACAACCUCAGAAGACUCAACAAAAUCUAAGCGUGUCAGUUUUGCCUCUGAGGUGUCCUUCCACUCCCCACACCAGUCACCCAAAUGCUCUCCCAAGCGGCAGAGUGACGACACCAAGACAGUGAAGCUGGAGGUGGAAGCCAUUGAAAUGGGAGGAGACAUGCUGACAUUACAUCUAAUAGAAGAAAGUAAGUAA